AUGUACCUAUCAACCAGCGAUAGAAAUUCAAUCGAUUUCAAUUCAAUUACAGAUGAUGAGUCUGUGGUGAAAAAUAUGGGCGACAAGCCACAAAAAAAGGACCAUAUUGACCAUCAACCUGAGUAUCGCAUUCAAGUAUCGUCAGCAAACAAGAACAGAAAACAUUUUACCGGCAAACAUGGUGUAAAAAUUGUCAGCCAAAUUCCAGAUGAUAUAUUGAAUAAUAGUGAAUUAAACAGUGCAAUCACUCAGCUUCCAUCAAAUUAUAAUUUUGAAAUUCAUAAAACAAUAUGGCGUCUGAGAAAGAGCAAAGCAAAACAAGUGGCUUUGCAAUUUCCUGAAGGUUUGCUAAUAUUUGCUUGUGCCAUUGCUGAUAUCCUUGAAAUGUAUGCCGAGGUUGACACAGUGAUAAUGGGAGAUGUGACUUAUGGAGCGUGUUGUGUUGAUGAUUUUACUGCUAGAGCUCUAGGCUGUGACUUUAUGGUACAUUAUGCUCAUAGUUGCUUGAUUCCUGUUGAUGCAAUGUGUGGUCUCAAAAUGCUCUAUGUGUUUGUUGACAUCAAGAUAGACACAGCUCAUUUCAUUGAUACGCUCAAAUAUAAUUUUCCUCUCAACUCAAAGCUUUCUCUUGUUAGUACUAUACAAUUUGCUGCGGCUUUGCAGUUCUCUGCAAUGGAGUUAUCAUCAGACUUCACCAUAGAUAUACCACAGUGUAAACCAUUAUCCCCUGGUGAGAUUCUUGGUUGUACUUCUCCAACAAUCACUAAUAAAGAUGCCUUGAUAUAUUUGGGUGAUGGACGAUUUCAUUUGGAGUCAGUGAUGAUUGCAAAUCCAACUAUACCAGCAUAUAAAUACGAUCCAUACAGUAAGAUUUUCUCUCGGGAAUAUUAUGAUAUUGACAAGAUGCAUAAAAGUCGACAGAUGGCUAUAAAUAAAGCAACAAAUGCUGAAACAUUUGGAUUAAUUCUAGGAACUCUUGGGCGACAAGGAAAUCCUAAAAUUUUAAUGAAUCUUGAAAAAUGCCUUGAAGGGCGCAAUAAGAAAGUUGUUAGAUUAUUAUUAUCUGAAAUAUUCCCUUUUAAACUUGAUUUAUUUAACAACGUUGAUGCUUGGGUUCAAAUAACCUGUCCACGCAUUUCUAUUGAUUGGGGAAUGUCAUUUACGAAACCACUACUCACACCAUAUGAGACCAUGGUUGCUAUAAAAUCAAUUGACUGGCAGCAACAAUAUCCCAUGGACUAUUAUUCCAACCUAAGUCUUGGAGCUUGGACACCAAAUCAUGAAGACUGUAGACUGGGCAAAAGGAGAAGUAAAAUAAAGAAUUUGCAAGAAAAAGAUAAAAUAAAGAAUUUGCAAGAAAAAGAUGAAAUAAAGAAUUUGCAAGAAAAAGAGAAAAUAAAGAAUUUGCAAGAAAAAGAUAAAAUAAAGACUUCGCAAGAAAAACAAACUUUUAAUACGGACGUUAAAAAUUGUGGGCAUUGCUCUUGCUACAGAACGUAAACAAUGUGAAUAGUUCCUUUGAGCUUCAACCAUGUUGUACAAACACCCUAAAAGCACUUUAUAGCUUCAUCAAUGUUAUACAACAAGUCUAAUGUUUGCUCAAAAUUCAAACAAAUUGUAUAAUAAAAAUUAUGCUAGCUUUAAAGUACUUAUAAAAA